GAGACUUUUCUCCCUUGUCACGUUUGGCCCGGCUCGGCCGCCGUGACAAGGUCUUUGCGCAUGUGCGGGGUGAAACGAGAAGAAGGUGAAGAUGGCGGCAGCCAGGGCGGGGGUCCUGGGAGUCCGAUGGCUGCAGAGGGCAUCCCGAAACAUGGUGCCGAUGGGUGCACGGACAGCCUCCCAUAUUACCAAGGACAUGCUCCCGGGACCCUAUCCCAGGACCCCAGAAGAACGGGCUGCCGCAGCCAAGAAGUAUAAUAUGCGGGUGGAAGACUACGAGCCAUACCCAGAUGAUGGCAUGGGGUAUGGGGACUAUCCAAAGCUCCCUGACCGCUCACAGCAGGAGAGGGAUCCGUGGUAUGACUGGGACCACCCAGAGCUGCGAUUGAACUGGGGUGAACCGGAAGAGCAGUAUGUGACAGUGAUCUGCCUUUUUGUCUCAGAUGCACUGGGACCUAGACAUGUAUAUCAGGAACCGUGUGGACACGUCCCCCACUCCUGUUUCUUGGAAUCUCAUGUGGACCAAAGCAGUAUCCUUACAAUAAUCUGUACCUGGAACGAGGUGGCGAUCCCCACAAAGAACCUGAGCCGGUGGUUCACUAUGAGAUCUGAGGAGGCUUCGUGGGCUUUGUGCCCCCUGACUGACUCCCUCAAUCCUAGAGAUUUUACCUUAAUGAAAUCGCUAAUAAAACUUAGUACUGUGGUAUCUGUGCCUCAUUUCCCCAGGAAUAGCCAUUGCUUAAGCACAAGAAAAUGUUGAUUUGCUAAUUUCACUGGGAAAAGUAGUUGAGGGUUCCAGUUGUACAGCAGGUGGUAAGGGUAGCUCCUUUCCCCAUCUACAGGGUUGUGGGAGAAGGAAGAUAUGUUCCUGACUUCACAAGUUGGAACAAGGUUUAUUUCCCAUAAAAAACCUUUUUAAUAAUAAGUGGUUAGCUAAAAAACAAUACUCUAACAUGUUUCAAGUACAU